GCGAGUGCGGUGUCGAGAGCGUGCGUGUCCGCCGCCGCAGCCAUCGACAGCCUUCAAGCGCUUUCCCGUACGCGCCGCUUCCACUGCCUUGGAGCAUGUCGUCGUAUCGUCGGGCCCGUGGGACCAGCGCCGGCCGUGGAGCGGGAAAGGGGCGGAGGCAGCCGCAACCCGCCGCUGCUGGGUUCGCCGCCGCGCGACCGGAUCCUGGGGAUCGCCUGCCCAAAUUUUCGCUGGCGCCCUACGCCGCGGCUACGGGGUCUCCCUUCUAUUUACCACAACAAGUCGAUGAGAAGACCCUGCUCAGCCUCAAGAGGAUCGCGGAGACCCGCGCGCCCCGGAACAGUGAAGCUGCGUGCCUACGCCUUGGCAUCGCUUUGUCCGAGGCCGCUGGAGUCGCAGAAAUGGGCGCGGAGGCGCUCCAGUACCACGCAGACAAACAGCUCGGCAAUCUGGGCCUGGACGAGCUGGUAGAGUUCAUGGGGAGCGAGGCAGGGCAGACGUACGUCGCAGCCGCCAAGGCCCUCAACAAGACCAACAAUGCCCUGGAGAAUGAAGAGGAUGUGAAAGCCGCCGUGGAUGGCUGGGUCGGCUCGCUGAACGCGCUGCUGCCACAUCAGAAGAGCAUCCGGAAGCUGGCGCAGGUGAGCGCCCGCCUGUACCUGUGGAGCAUGGACUCCCUGGAGCAGCUGGCUUUGCUCAAGUACCCAGCAGCCGUGUUGGAGCAUGUGGCCGUGGACAACCCGGCCCUGGAGCUGAAGGCCGUGAAGGCUCUGGUGGAGAAUCCCCGAGUCAGCGCGCUGCGGGCCGCAUUGGUUGCUUCCUACACCAAAGCGAUCUUCGGCCAAGGGCAGAAAAAGGGCGGAAAUGCAACCUUGUGGCUUCCAGUCCAGAGGACGCCGCCAGCUCCAGCACUGGCACGCAAAAAAGCGGCAGCGCGAGCGACCAGCAGUGAGGAGAGCCAAAAGGAGAAGAAGAAAAGAAAGGCCAAGAAGGACGGCCCCGCCCCGCUGAAGGACGCGCUGUACGAUGAAAUCGACCGGGACGCCAAAGUGAGCGUCGAUGACGCUCUCAAGGCGCUAUUCAAGAAGCAGUCCUCGGUGGAAGAGUUGGCCAACUGGGCCGUCCAUACCUUGAAUGAAGAUCUCACAAUGAGCCCGGCCGAU